AUUCGAACAUGUUUCCGAUCCAGCUGAAUAAUGGUGGAUAGUUGAAGCUUCGCUGACUGGUAUCUUCAUUUGUAAUACCUGUAAGUGUCUAGAUGAAUGUUAAUAGUGAUGGUGAAAAAGGUUUACGGGAACUAAAUCAUCGGCACUACGAUGGUAACAAGAGAACUACAAAUGGUGUUGUUGCUGACGAACAAGUGAUGCUGGAAGAAGAUGACCCAAAAGUUAACGAGAUUGCAAGAAAUGUAAAAGAUGGUCGUAUUGGGGCUGUUCAGGCUCCAGCCAUGCGGCAAAUGGCGCAGCCACGGCCUCAAAAUGCAAUGUGUUACUGGCAGAGGUUUCUGCAUCUAACAACGGUUACAGUACUGCUUGUAGAAAAUGAUGAUUCUACUCGCCAUGUUGUCACUGCACUUCUGCGCAAUUGCUGUUAUGAUGUUAUUGAAGCUGCAAAUGUAUUACAAGCAUGGAAGAUACUAGAAGAUUUGACCAAUCAUAUUGAUCUUAUACUGGCUGAGGUGGGAAUGCCAUCCUUAUCUGGUCUUGUUCUUUUGAGCAAGAUUAUGAGCCACAAAACACGUAAAAACGUUCCUGUGAUCAUGAUGUCAUCUCAGGAUUCAAUGAAUCUAGUCUUUAAGUGUUUGUCAAAAGGUGCUGUUGACUUUUUAGUGAAGCCUAUUCGAAAGAAUGAGCUUAAGAACCUUUGGCAGCAUGUUUGGAGGAGAUGCCAUAGUUCUAGUGAUAGUGGAAGUGAGAGUGGAACACAAACUCAAAAAUCUGUGAGAUCAAAAAGCGUUGAGAAGUCUGACAAUAACAGUGGCAGCAAUGAUGAGGACAAUAACGGGUGCGAUGGUCUAAAUGUUGGAGAUGAUAGUGAUGACGGGAGUGGCACUCAGAAUUCUUGGACAAAGCACGCAGUAGAAGUAGACAGCUACCGUCUAGUUUCAUCCUCCAAUAAAUUUGCUGAGUGCCCUGAUAGUACGUGUGCGCAAGUUGUCCAUUCAAAUGCAGAAGUAUCCGAGAACAAAGGGAUGCCAGUGGCUACAGCAAAGGGGUGCCAAGGACGAGAUGAACAGCCUGACAACAUUGCAAUUGGAAAUGGCCUGCGUGUGGACAUGCCUAGAAAUUUAGGUUUACAACUAGAGUGUUCAGUUGAGGUCCCAAUCAGAACAGUUGGAACAAAACAGAUUAACCUGCUUGAGAUGAGCCCCAGUAAGUUAAAUGAACAGAUUGAUAAAAGGCAGCUGGACCUCAAUAGUGAAGCCCCGUCCAGCAAACAGAAGUCUGAAGCAGCUAAUCAAACAGGCAUUACAUCUCUGACCUCUGAUCUUAAGAAGGAAAUUGCCGAGUAUGAGGCUUCAAACAGGCUUUCAAAAAUCUCAGAUGGCAAUGAUAAAAUUGUCAAUGAUUCUAAAGAACUACCGUCUAUUGAACUGGGGUUGAAGAGAGCUAGAGGAGUUAAAGAUGCUGGGACUGUAGUUAGGGAUGAGCGAAAAGUUUUGAGACGUUCAGACUCUUCUGCCUUCUCAAGGUAUAAUACUGCAGCAAAUGCAAAAAAGGUUCCUGUUGUCAACACUGGAAGCUCGUCUGCACUUGAUAAUAAUUUAGAACUGACUAGAAAAGGAUCAGUAUGUGAUAAUCAUUCUCGUUUGGUUAAUGACCUUCCCAAUCAAAGCUCAAAUGUUGGCAGCAAUAACGUUGAUAUGGGCUCCACGACUAACAAUGCCUCUGCCAAGGCUGCAGCCGAGAAGAAUAAGCUAGCUGUAUCAUCCACUGUUUUCCAACCUAUGACAAAUGACCUUUUAAGUGGUGCUCAUAAAGUUGUGUUAGACAAGGGUGAUGAUGUAGCUACUACAGCAGGACCGGCUCAACCUAGAGGAACUCACCAAGACCUGCAAACGCAACACCCACGAAAUCAUUAUGAUCAACAUUGCCAUCUUUCUCAUGGUAUGCAGCAGCAGCGGCGGCGGCCAUCAGAGCAUGAUUUAUCUUUGAAAAAACUAGCUGCGGAUGCUCCUCAUUGUGGGUCGUCAAAUAUGUUGGGCGGGCUUGUUGAAGGAAAUGGUGGCAACUACAGUACCUCAGGUAGUAACCAUGGAAGCAAUGGGCCAAAUGGAAGUAGCAAUGCAGUCAAUACUGUCGGGGCAAACAUGGAAAGUGAUAACGGAAUAGCUGGGAAAAGUGGAAGUGGUGAUGCAAGUGGCAGCGGGAGUGGCAGUGGGAGCGGCAGCAAAGCAGACCAGACCAAGUCUGCUCAUAGGGAGGCUGCAUUGACCAAAUUUCUUCAGAAAAGGAAAGAGAGAAGCUUCCAGAAAAAGGUUCGGUACCAAAGCAGGAAACGACUAGCUGAACAACGACCUCGCAUCAAAGGGCAGUUCGUGCGACAAACACCGAACAAAAAUGACCCUGUAUCCGAAGGCAAUUCAUGUGACGAAUAAUGAAGGAAACAAGAAGAAUGAGAGAGAAAUCAAAUCCUCUUGCUGAUACCACAAAGUGACUGGACUAUUUGACAAUGUUAGGCACGAUGAGCUGUGUUUUAUUGCUAUAGACCUUCCUUCCUCUCUUUUUUUCCGUUUGUUUUAUUUGUUGUUCUGGACUUGAAUUGUACAUUAGGGGAACUGGAGAAGACAGAAGACUUCUAUAACAAGACCCCAUUUGAUUUGGCUUGUGGAUUCAUGAACAUCAUUGAACAAUAGGGGACUUGGAAAAUCUUUUUAAUCAUGUUUUAUCGGUU